AUGGAUUCCUCGGAAGACGAGCCCUUCGAGGAGAUAGGCUUUGAAGAUGUUGAAGCUCCGUGGAAUGCUGAGCCACGCAUCAAAAUGCAAGUGUUGUACCAAAUUGUGGGCGGUGAGGUGACCUCCAAUCGCGGAAUUUUGGAUGAUCUCUGUACGCAAAUCGGCUUGCGUCCGAUCGAGCUGAAGCCAUUCUCCGCGAAGCUAUGCAGGUUCGAAAAUACGGAGCCCGCAAUCGGAAUUGAUUUGGGCACGACGUGUUCCGUCUUUGCCGUGUGCAUUGGUGGUGAAGCGGUGAUCUUGCCAAACGAAUACGGCAAUCGUACAACACCAUCCCAGGUCGCUUUCGUCGAUGGCAGAACCUUGAAGCUGUCGCCCAUGGAGCUGCUCUACAGGCAGCAAAGCUCGGAGGAACUUUACGCCGGCGAGCGUGCGCAAUACCAACACAACACGUUGCUCGGCAAAUUUACGCUGCCAAUUCGAAAGGCGCCGGCCUGGAAAGUCAAAGUCAGGGUCACCUUGGAAGUCGACUGUGACGGCAUCAUGACACUGACUGCUGAGGACCUGUGCACCGGCACUUCGGAUACGAUCAAAAUUACCCGAGAGGACGCACCAAUCGAACUAACCUUCGAUAUCGAGGACUACUUGGAGAACGCUAAGAAAUAUACGAAAGAAGACGAUGUGUGGUUGCAGCAAUACAAGGUCGCUGCGCGCCUACGACAUUCCUCGCGCCCAGGUGCUACGCAUACCCGGUGGGUGGACAAUGCGGACACCAGCCAA